GAGGAAGCUUGGAGAGAAUUGACAUUCUGAGAAAAAUCAAAGAGCUAACAAGAUCUAUGAUCGUCGAACUGAGCAAUGGAAGCUCCAAGAUGAUCGCCAUCGAUCGUUUCAAAAGUUACUGCACCAAUUCCCUUGAAAACUGGUCUCCUGGAUCGUAUCGGAGGCCAAAUCAAUCGUCGCUAACAAAAUCCUGCAACAAAUAAGUUUGUUGUAGGUUCAAUUUAUCUGAAGGGAAGGAGAUUCUAACACUUCAAAGGGAAAGCCAUGUCCGCAGACUAGAUGUCUUGCUUAGAGUUCUACUCAUUAUUCAGCAGCUUCUGCGAGAAAAUAGACAUAGCUCAAAGAGAGAUAUAUAUUAUAUGCAUCCCUCUGUAUUUACAGGUCAAGCUAACCCACCGUUUUGUUCUAAGAUAUAACAUCUUUCAACGAUUAAUUAGCAGUCCAGUUCAGAAGAAUCGAAUUUCAACACAUCCUUCAAAUUUAUGUUUUCAGCAAGUUUGUGGCAGGAGAUUUUCUGAGCAUUUCCUUGUUUUGCUGUAUAAUGACGAAUAUUUUGCAGAUCAAUCAGUCGUUGACCGGGCAAUCAAUGAUAUCUGCAUUCUUUUGCAAUGUAGCCGGCAUAAUCUGAAUGUGGUUUCUGUUGGUAAUGGGUUGGUGAUGGGUUGGUUGAGGUUCUCAGAAGCUGGCUGGAGAUUUGAUUGCAUAAAGAAGCCUAACAGUGCCCACUUUAUUCCUGUUCAAGUUGAAGAAGUCACAGAUAUUGCUAGUCCUGCGGAUUACAUACUCGUUGUUGAGAAAGAAUCAGUUUUUCAGCGUUUGGCAAAUGAUCGGUUCUGCAGCAAAAACCGGUGCAUUGUAAUCACGGGACGUGGAUAUCCAGAUGUUCCCACUAGAAGGUUUUUGCGGCUUCUCGUUGAUGUUUUGGCCUUGCCUGCAUUUUGUUUGGUAGAUUGUGAUCCAUAUGGUUUUGACAUUCUGACAACAUAUCGAUUCGGUUCUAUGCAAAUGGCCUACGAUGCGAAGUAUCUCAGAAUCCCACAACUACACUGGCUUGGAGCUUUUGCUUCAGAUUCUGAGAAAUACAAUCUACCAGAACAAUGUCUCAUCCCAUUGACUUUGGAGGACACGAGGAGAACUGAAGCUUUGUUAAAGAGAUGCUACUUGCGGAGAGAGGUACCACAUUGGAGGUUGGAGUUGGACUCAAUGCUGCAAAGAGGUGUGAAAUUUGAGAUAGAAGCAUUAUCUGUGCACAAUAUUUCCUUUUUGUCAGAGAAGUAUUUACCAUCCAAAAUAGAAAGUGAACUAACUGGUAAAUUCUAGGUGAUUGUUAGACCCAUACACUCUUCCAACAUUAGUAGUACUUUUACCCAGAUCAUGGAUCUUUCAUGCGAAUGAUUAGGUUUAAGUCAAAGAUGGUGAAACUGAAUGGAGUUCUUCUGAUGUACACUGUUAGAGUAGGACAAAUUCCUCGAAUUUUUCCAGCAAUUAGGGGAAGCUUGAAUUCAUAAAUUGAUGGGCAAUUUUCUUUGAAGGGUGUAAGUAGACAUAUGACAAAAGAGAUUAAAAUGAUCAAAACCAACAAAACUGAUCAUUCAAAUCCAUCUGAAUCGAAAUGUUUGGCCUUUUUUUCCCAGAUAUUAUAGUUCAUAUCAAAUUAUAAGUUUAGUCUGAGCAUUCAAGUUAGUGUUUAAAAAGUUAGAGUCCCGUUUGAUAACCAUUUUGUUUUAUGUAUUUUAAAAUUAAGUCUAUGGACACUACUAACAGCUCCAAAUUUCUUUCUUUGUUAUCUACUUUUCAUAAAAACCAAACUAAAUUUUGGGAAUUAAAAAAGUAACUUUCAAAAAGUUAUUUAUGUUUUUGGAAUUUGGCUUAAAAUUCAACCAUUGAACUUAAGAAAGUUGCAAA